AUGGACGCAGUCAAACAGGCACUAGGUGCCAUGUACUCGGGCGCGAGCCAGGAGGACAAGAAAAGGGCAACGUCGCAUUUGGAAGAAUUCCAAAAAUCUGCCGAGGCCUGGCAGGUUUCUCAUGAUCUUCUUCUCAAUCCAAAUGAGCCCAUGGAAUAUAAGAUGUUUGCAUCACAGACGCUAAAAGCAAAGGCCAUGUACGACUUGGGCCAGGUACCUCUGGACCUGUUGCCACAGCUCAAGGACUCUAUUUUGGAACUUGUGGCUGCAUAUUCUGGAGAUAAUGAUCGUCUUAUUCGUACACAGCUAUGCCUUACUUUGGCUCAUUUAUCCCUUCAAUACUUACAGUGGAACGGAGCCAUGAGUGAAAUAUCGGCUUACUUGUCGUCUAAGCCGGAGUACAUGCCUGCAUUGCUUGAAUUUUUCAAGGUUUUGCCUGAGGAAUUGUCGGAAUCGAAUAAGUCGGCAUUGACCGACGAGGAGUUCAACACCAGAUCAGCGGACCUCAUUACUCACAACGUUGAAAAUGUUUUGUUGUUCUUGAAAAACGUCAUUGAGCAGAAGUCUGCUCCCAGCACGAUUGUCUUGGACUGUCUUAAUUCCUGGAUCAAGGAAUGUCCAGUGGAAAGCAUAUGUCAGGUGGACUUGUUUGUGCAAUUGAUUUUUGUCUCCAUCACCGAGGAGGCUACUUUUGAAAAGGCAGUGGACUGUCUUUGCUCCAUCUUGCGUGAAACCAGAGACAUUGACAACUUCAACUUGGUUGAUGCCUUGUACGGCCAGAUUUUGAAAAUCAACGAGUUUUACACCAGCCACCCUGACAGAUUAGAUGACCCCGACGUGGUUGACGGUCUCACUAAGCUUUACGUUGAAGCUGGUGAGCUGUGGCAUGUGUUGAUAGCCAAGAAUGCCGCUCAUUUCAAGCCAUUAGUCCAGAUCUUGCUCACCUGUUGUAAAUACGAGGAAGACUUGGACGUGGUCAAGUACACAUUUUAUUUCUGGUACGAGCUCAAGCAGAUGAUCACUCUUCCAAAGUUCGAGGCCUCCAGAGUCGAGUUUCUGGACAUUUACUUGCAAUUAAUCGAGGUCAUCAUCAAGCAUCUUGCUUACCCCGUUGGCACUAACGAGGACAACCUUUUCGAAGGAGACAAGGAACAAGAGGACAAGUUUAAAGAAUUCAGGUACGAGAUGGGAGACGUCUUGAAGGACUGCUGUGCCGUUGUUGGUCCUCAGAAAGCACUUAAUGUUCCCUUCCAUCAACUUCAGACCCUCUUGUCUCAACAGAACGCUCAUUGGCAGCACCUUGAGGCCUCGCUCUUCAGUAUGAGAGUAAUGGCGAAGGAGGUUUCACUCAAGGAAAAGACAAUUUUACCUGCUAUCAUGCAGAUGCUCGUACAGUUACCAGAGCACCCCAAGCUUAGAUACGCUGCCACUUUGGUUUUGGGCAGAUACUCCCAGUGGACAUCCAAGAACCCCGAGUUUCUCGAACCUCAGCUCAACUACAUCACCAAAGGCUUCCAGGGUGAUCUCGUCAACAGCUUAUCUGCUAGUGACAAGGAGUCCAUCUAUAAUGCUACUUGUCAGGCCUUGAUGUUCUUCUGCGAGGACUGUGCAUCUGAUCUUGUCAACUACCUCGAGCAGCUCUAUAUGUUGUACCAGCAGGUUCACAAUGAGCUCCAGACCAAGGCGCUUUACGAUUUGAUGACUGGUUUGGCCCAUGUCAUGAAGAAGAUCCCCGAGCAGGACCAGUACAAAACAUGUCAGAUGUUCUUGGGUCCAACCGUGGAGAAAAUCAGACAAUUGGCAUCUGAGGGCUCUGUUCAAGACGAGAAUGUCAUUAAUGCAUUGCACGACGAAGCGGAGCUUCUUAGCAUCUGCUUGCGUGUGUUGAGGGCUCUGAACUUCGAGGUUCACGAGUACCCCGUGGCCAAAUUCUUCAUGGACUCUAUUUGGCCUGUUGUCGAGGCUGUUCUCGACAAAUUCAGCGUUUCUCUUCAUGUCAGCGAGAGCUUUGUGAAGCUCCUCAAGAACGCUUUGCAUAGUUGCAGCAUUUUCAUCUCGUCAGUGUUGCCACUGAUCGCCAACGCCAUACACAAGGGUUUCCAGACCACCACGUUUGGAUGCUAUUUGUAUGUUUCUGGAGCCAUGCUCAGAGAGUUCAGCGACGAGACAGUCAAUCCACAGAUCCAAGAAGCAGUGUACCAACUCGGCUUGGAGCAAAGCUCGUCAUUUUUCACGCUUCUUGAACAGAAGCCCGAGUCCAUCAGGGAGAUGCCUGAUGUUAUAGAGGACUUUUUCAACAUGUCGACGGAAUUGCUCAUGUUCUACCCCAACAAGACAAUCAGCAACGAGGGGCUCAUGAAGUCGAUUCUCCACGCCGGUAUCCUCACCCUCAACAUGUGUGAAGAGUACAACCCCCUAAUUGCAUGUGUGCAUUUCUUCAUUGACUACGUUUCGUGGGGAUCGCCUUAUCCACCCAUCUCGUUCUUUGACGACGACCCCAAGCAGAUCCAGCAGUCUGUCAAGCAUUUCUUGGUUACCGGAGGCCAUGGUGAGCAGCUCAUCAAAGUUGUUCUUCAAGGGCUUAUUUUCAAAUUCUACAAUGACGUCGACGCUAACGAUCUUGUGAUCAAGAUCUUGACGGUGUCGCCCGACACAGAGCAAGCGGUCGGCUGGCUACAGAAUGCAGCCAAAAGCCUCCCCAAUGUUAGCGGGAAAGAGAUUGAGAAGUUGAUCGGGUCCAUCGGCGUGGCACUUCCGAAUAAGGACAACAGAAGAGUCAGGAUGGCAGUCAGAGAUUUUGUCAGCUGGUACUCACGCAAAAACGUGAAUCUGAGAAAUCCCACCCAUCUACUUUUUUUUUUCCUCAUCAAUCAACCAACUUCGUCUUUCGCUAUGCAAUUCUCCACCGUCGCCAUCUUCGCCGCUGCUGCCUCCGCUGUCUCUGCUGCCGCUAACGUCACCUACGUGACUGACCUUUCUUCCACCUUGGUCACCAUCACCGACUGUGGUCCAGAGGUCACUGACUGCCCAGCUCACCACCCAUCCACCGUUGCCAACGUCUCCACCUACGAGGGUGCUGCUAACAAGCAGUUCGCCGCUGGUGCCGUUGCCUUGGCUGCUGGUGCUUUGUUGGCUUUGUAA